AGUUUCAGAUUCUGUUGAAGUGAAGCAACGAUGACCGUGAGUGAGAAGAAAGCAUCAAUUCUUGAUAUUGGAGAUGGAUUAUUCCAAACUCAUGUUCAGUUGGAAGAUGUUCAAAAAGUUAUUGGAGAGCAGAUGAACACCAAGGCGAGACUCGGUGAAAAUACCAAGUAUACGGUCAUUGGAGAUGGAAAUGGCUUCUCGAGUCGCGUGAUACUUGUCGAACCAGAAUGGACUGUUUCUGAUAAGCAUCUUCCUGAGAAGUUUGUUCUGAAAAUCACCUCGUGCCUCCAUGUGCCCGGCCUUAUUGAGCAAAUGAAGGGCAAAAAUCCUGGCACGUUUCCAGCACAAGAAGCUGCUCUAUGGGCCAUAUUUGAGAAUGAGGCUCAGAAACUGCACAACCGUGAAGUAAAUCUUUACAAAAUCACCGAAAAAUGGAACAAAAAUGAGACGAUGCUGAGCCCAAAGAUCUAUUUUUACAAGAAAUUUGACGCUGAAAACAAAACAAAAGGAAUUCUAGGAAUGGAGUUCGAUGGCAAUGUUACAGUUCGACAUAUUUAUUGUAAUGUGAAGCCACGCGAAUUGUACCCGGUAUUGCGGUCAAUAGCAACUCUUCAAGCUGGAAGUCUUCAUUUGACCAAAGAUGAAAUUGAAAGUAUUUCUGGAUUAGAUGUUAAGCAAAUGAUGGGAUCGUUGAUGAAUAAUGAAGGAAUGAAGGGCUUCUACGAACAGACGCGUGAAAUCAAUCGAAAACGACUGACAGAGAAAACAAAUGUAGUUGAAGCAUUCGGGCAGGAAGUUGUCAACUUUGAACUGGCGUGCAAUUUGAAUAAAUACAUUGGAAUUAAACGAGACGUCAUGGUACAUGGUGACUUGUGGGCAGCCAAUAUUUUGUGGAAAGAAAAAGAUGAAGGAACGUUUUCAGUCAGCAAAGUCAUUGACUAUCAGCUCAUUCACAUGGGAAAUCCAGCUGAAGAUCUAGUUCGACUCUUCCUCUCCACACUUUCUGGAGCAGAUAGACAAGCUCACUGGGAGAGACUACUUGAAAAGUUUUAUACAUAUUUUCUUGCAGCCCUUGGAGAUGAUGAAGCACCAUACUCACUCGAGCAGUUGAAAGAGUGUUACCGUUGUUUCUUCGUAUCUGGCGGACUUGUCAUGAUGCCAAUGUACGGUCCUUUCGCUCAGGCUAAACUGUCAUAUUUGAAAGACAUUGAAAGUGUACAGGAGUAUCAGGAGAUACUCACAGAAAAAGCUGAGCACCUAAUGGAAGAUUUGGAACGUUGGCAUUUGUAUAGUAGGGAUAAGACAAACAAUUUCAAAGAAGCGGAAAUUUCAAAGUAAUUUUUAGACAGAUUUUGCUACUCCAUCUUUAAUUGCAUUCCAUUUCUGAUUAUUUUAAUAAAUGUAU